AUGCUUACGGAUAAGCUCAAACUUAAUGAUGACAAAACUGAGUUCAUGUUGAUUGGUACAAAACAACAACUUUCCAAAGUAAAUAUUGAUUGCCUUACCGUAGGAAGCAUUGACGUUGCUCCUGUCACUGUGGCAAGAAAUUUAGGGACAUGGUUCGAUUCUAACUUGAAUCUCCAGGAACAGAUCCACAAAACUUGUAAAUCUGGGUUUUUCCAUUUAUACAAUAUUCGGCGUAUCCGAAAAUAUCUGUCCCAGGAGUCUGCACAAACUUUGGUCCAUGCUUUUAUCAUUGGUCGUAUAGAUUACUGCAACAGCCUUCUGUUUGGUUUACCCUCUGUUCAUCUACUUAAACUGCAACGCUUGCAGAAUGCAGCUGCUCGGCUUAUAUCUAAUGUCCCUCGCUACAGUCACAUAACACCAGUACUAUGUUCCUUACAUUGGCUUCCUGUCAAAUUUCGUAUUGAUUUUAAAAUACUUCUUUUUACUUUUAAGGCUAUCUACGAUCAUGCGCCUGGUUACUUGAUCGAUUUGAUUGCUAUGAAAGAACAGCCGCGCUAUAAUCUCCGUUCAGCUACAACCAGUUGCAAAAGUACUUGAGACACUGUACCAUAUUUUGGCUUAAAUGGCCUGUCCAUGAUCUUGUGCUUGUGACCCCCCUCCACUCCUUUUCAAAGUUGCUAGGAAUACAAGACCAUGCUCAAAACUUGGAGGAACAACUUUGAAUUGGGGGGAGGAGGGGGGUCACUAUUUUAUCUCACAGACCUGUGACUAGCAGUGAUUUGAAGCAAGACAGGUUGUUUUUUCGUGAGAGUGUCUUAACAUUUUUGCAACUGGUUGCAUGAGUCCUUCAUACCUCUAUAGCCGUGGUGCCCGAUUAAUAAACAGGGUGAAACGUGGUGCACUUUUUGCACCUAAGGAGGUGGUUAUAAAAAAUAGCAUCUCAUUUCCCUAGGUUGCGUUUUUUAAAAUGGCGAGACAAAAACGGCAGUUUUUUCCACUUUUGUUUUUGUGGUAAUUUGCUCGAAACUGGGCUUUUAAAAGGAGCGCGUGGCAAAAGAUGCCACACCAUCUCGAGUAAGCUGCAACGAAAAGGGUUUUUGUCCUAACACGCUACAAAAAUACGAAAAAUAAUAUACUUUCUUCGAACUCGGGUAAAAGACGUUUAUUAAUGAAAGGAAAGUGACCUAAGAUGCCCCGCUAGAUCAAGGAGAUGGCUUUUUGUUGUUGAUUCUGAUAAGUACGUGGAAAUGGUUCCUCUUUUAUCGCCUGCCAUUUACAGGAAGGAAAAGUUACGCUAAAAAGUAGCUGUUGUGGACUUUAGUUUACUUAACACAAGUUUGGAUUUAUGUUUACGUUUUGGUUGUCUUACAACUUGGUUUCGAUUUUGAAGCCCGAGUGUGACUAGUGAUCAGAUAACGUGAAAAUUCACGCGCGUAUUUCAGUAACAUAGCCCCGAGAGCUCGCAUAUAACGUGGCCUUGUAUUCUAUACUUGGUAACAAAAUGUAUUUCUUUGCAAAAAAGAAGUCACUGUCCCCAAGAAUAGUAAUUUUCCACCAUAGCAAUGUCAGGAAUUUACGUGCGUCAACGGUCUACCAUCAUAUCAGAUAAAUAUAAUGAUAUAUCAUAUUUCUUACUGUUGCAGAAUGGUAGACCGUGAUUGAUGGUAGAUCGUCAGAAAAUAGAAACUAACUAAGCACAACUUUUUCUGCUCUCUAGCUCUAACGGACGUUAAUAACUAUGUUAUUUUCACUGUAGUAGAUGAAAAAAACUGAACGGUUUUACUUUUACAGCGGUGUUGAAAAAUAACUCACGCGGUAUACCGAUUACAUAACACCACUGCAUAUCAAAUGUCAUUGCGUUACAGAUACAGGGGUGAAAAUGGAAGUUUGGCAGCUUUAUUCGCAACUGUAAUAUCUCUAAUUACCAGGAAAAGGAAACGUAUGCUGUUAAUAUGCAUUCACACUUCUCAGAGUUUAAUCACCACGCCGGAACAGCCAUGUCACGGUAUAUAAUUAAUAGCACAUGCGUUACAACAAAAUUGAGGCAAAAUUUUAAAGUCACUACAUUCUUAAGCGCUUUUUUAUGCAGUUUUGCUAUCAAUGACAAUGAUGUGUCAGCUGGGAAAAGCAACAGAAAGUGCCAUUCUAGUCAUUUAUCUCGCUAUAGACUUCUCUUUGGGAAGCUGAGACGUGGAAAUAGCUUUUUGAAGUAAAACGUAAAUGAGACAACCAGUUGCAAAAGUACUUGAGACACUGUACCAUAUUUUGGCUUAAAUGGCCUGUCCAUGAUCUUGUGCUUGUGACCCCCCUCCACCCCUUUUCAAAGUUGCUUGGAAUACAAGACCAUGCUCAAAACUUGGAGGAACAACUUUGAAUUGGGGGGAGGAGGGGGGUCACUAUUUUAUCUCACAGACCUGUGACUAGCAGUGAUGUGAAGCAAGACAGGUUGUUUUUUCGUGAGAGUGUCUUAACAUUUUUGCAACUGGUUGUAGCGGUCUUAUCUAUCCUAGUUUAAAACUGAAAAAGACUUUAGGGAAUCGUGCUUUUUCAUCUGCUGCCCCUAAUUUAUGGAACAAUCUGCCCCUUCACAUCCGUCUUGAGGACAAUUUUGAACAUUUUAAAUCUUUACUUAAAACGCAUCUUUUUAGACUAGCUUUUGAUAUGUAA